AUGUCGACACCGUCACCGAUGAAGCUUUCGCACCUCGAACGGCUCCCAGCAGAACUGUUCAACCGUAUCUUAGACGAGCUGGUGGUAGUUGGAGACUCCACAGGGAACUUCCGGGUUUUCUUCCAGGAUUACUUCCACGGCGCUAAUUACCGCAUUCGGCCCAUUAUUCAGACCGCGGUUCUACGGCUAAACAAACGCAUCCACCAAUUGGUGAAGUCAUACCUCGACCGCAGGAACACAUGGAUCGUAUUUGAUAUCGACUGUACCAGUAGGAAGCUCUUAUGGAUCUGGCGUAUUGUCCCUUGCUUCAUUAUCGAUGAGCCAGAGUCACAAGCUCUACCCGAAGGGAUCCUGCACGUUCGGAUUAAAUUUCCCACCGUGGCCCGAACACCGCGUCGAUUGACGUUCCUCAUCACGAUGGAGUGGUUCCAGUCCUUCCUCGAGUGUAUCCGGAUAGUGGAUCUGAUGAUUAGCUUCAGAGGCCCAGAGGGUCGAAAUCUUCCCCGACUGCCGAGUUCCGGGAAACGAAGCAGUGCCGCUUGUCGAAUCUCACAUGGCACAAGUAUAAUCGUCCACGUGCAUCCAAAUCACCCUGAUGUGGAUAUGGAAGCAUUUUUGGAACUCUUUCGGAUGUUCCAUGGGCCAUUGCAUGAGCUGUCUAUUAUCGGCGCACGAAACACAAGCUCCGCACGCGAAAUCGAGAAAUCCCUCACGCAACCACGUCACGUCCCGGACUUAACACUAUGGGAAGUCUACAUGCACCUGCUACGGUUGAAAACAGAAGCUGAUAGGCAUCUGACGCAACAUGCCAGGCUGCAUGGCAGCCCUCUAUACCUAAUUGCACGACGGCUACCUCAAUUCUGGCGGUUCAAAGAUUGUACACCCUGGGCGGGAAGUUUGAGCGCUGCUGCUCGGAAUAUCCCUUUUGUUGCGCUGCUCGUCACUGGAGUGCGUCUCAACGAAAUGCUGGCAGAUGCUUGUAUAUUAAAGGGAACACUAUGUGUGGACGCUGCCGCCUGUCGACGCCACUAUACCUCGCACCCGUUCAAGCGGGUCCUUUCAUCUUUUCGUGGAUCUGCGACCGCAUACAUCUACAUAGUAACGGGAUUGCAUAAGAUGCUAUGCACAGUUGCGCGUGGUGCUGACGCGCCUGGACGAACAAUGAGCGAACAGAUCUCCAUGAUUAAUGAAGGAGCAUCGGAUAUUGAGUAUGGCUGGCGAAUCCUUGAACGUGUUAAUCGCAACACCACAUCUCAACCCUCCUUGUUCUCCCGAAUGAGCCACGAGAUUGCAGGUGUUGUACUCAAGCCACUCGAAGACGAUUGCCGCCUGCGCUUCCAAGUGAUUGUCGAUCUCCUGAACGGACAUCGCGAGUGGCUCAUGAAAAAUGUCAAGGCCGUUAAGUGGAAAGUCCAGAGUGGUGCAAUCCCCAGCUGCCUAAAGGAUCGUGGGCUAUUGGAAAUACUUCCUAACUACUCGGAUAUGUCAUCAGUGGAGCGUGAGCAAUUUCUAAUUGCGGACGAAUUCCGAGUGGCGUCCGACAUAGGAGACUUUUACCUAGUGUAG